UAUAGAAGUUUAAUUACAGAUUGUUAAGUUAUUUAUUCGUGAAAUGAAUUUGAUUGUUACGUCAUAAGCCCUGGCGUUAAACACUUCAACUUCUGAACCAAUCAAGUCAAGCCACGUCAUUACGGUAAAAGUGGAAGCAGCAGCCCCACCUAGCGACCAAAUUGCCACCAGCCCCUUGCUGGAAACCCCCAACGAUCUGGCAUCUACGCAACUUCCGGUCUCUGAGAGCGUGGACAGCAGUGCAAGGAAACGCAAGGCGAGCCCCCCGCCCCUACAAACAACCGAGGACCUCAAGCUACCCCGUUUAACCUCCAUCCCGCCCACAGUGAUACCGAACAGCAAUCUUGCCACUGCCCUAACCCCCCAUAACCCACUUACCCAACUCACCCACCCACAAAACCUUAACAGCUUACUCCUCAGCCAGUUACCCCAACAAGGGUUACCAGCACCCACUAUAAUCCAGCCCCCAAUCGGCCCCAUCCGCCCCAACCAUCUCAUCCAACAACAAACCCUUCUUCCCCCCCAGCAGCAACUAGCGUUACCCCAACCCACCCAGGACCUCCCCACAACAGCCACGGCCGCCCAUACCCUCAUAAACAGCGCUGGUAAACCAACCAGUAUGUCCAUCCAGCAGAAAGACACAACCUACACCAAGAUAUUCGUGGGGGGACUCCCCUAUCACACUACCGACGCUUCCCUCCGCGAUUAUUUCGCGACCUUCGGUGACAUUGAAGAAGCUGUCGUCAUCACUGACCGACAAACCGGGAAGUCACGCGGAUAUGGAUUCGUCACAAUGACGGAAAAGGGAGCAGCUGAAAGGGCGUGCAAGGAUCCGAACCCGGUGAUCGACGGUAGAAAGGCGAACGUCAACUUGGCUUAUAUUGGUGCGAAACCCCGCGUAAUGCAAACUACAGUCGGAAUCCGGCAGAUCCCCCAAGCUUACGUUCCAGCCGCACAAUACGGGGGCGUCCCAGCUUUAUACGCGGCUCAAUAUCCAACAGCUGCUACAACAUACGUGGCGCAUAACGGGAUGCUGAUACCAGCGCACGCUGCACAACACACAUCGCCCAUCAUAGAUUAUAGUGGAUACGUCGCCCAACUAUCUGCGGGGGCUUACGCUACUGAUGUUGCCGCUGCUGCAGGAACAGCUGCUUCACCGUUCACCAACGCGUACGCCGCUACCUCGCUACACCACCAAGCGCCUGCAGGUACUAGCGUCGCGAGCGCUGGGCAUCAGAUGAUUGCAGCCGCUCCUACUCAAGCUGCGCUACCUAGCGGAUAUCAGAGUCUCCCCGGAUACCCGGCCACAGCUGCAAGUGUGGCUGCUGCGUACGCCGCGGCUGCUGCCAACAACCACUUGCCACCAACGUUAGCUACAACUCCCACCCCUGUGACGUAUGCUCACCUCACAGCUCAGCUGCAACAGCAAGCCACAGAGCGAUAUUAACGUCAUAUAUUGAAACACAGUGUUGCCAUUCAAAUUCUCGGACAACACUGUAAUUAUUAAAAGUUGGUUAAUCGUGAAACCGACUUUCACCACUGUGUGUCGCCCGAGCUUACAAUUGUGUUGCAAAGAUAGAGAUCUUAUUUUCAUUUCGGGAUUUUGUUUAAUAUUUAUUUUUCACUUUUUUCGUCUUGGUGCCCCCCCCCCACAAUAGGGGAUUGUUACGUCACACCUACCUGUAUUAUGACGUCGAUAUGUUUCUAUGCACGCGAGGGGAACAUAGAAAUAAAAUAAUCCUCGCGUUCCCGCCUUCCAUGUGUAAAUAGUCGCUAUGACAACGAAUCGAUAAAAUAUUGACAAUAAACAAAACUUAAGAAUAAACAUUGUUACGUCA